AUGUGGAACUACCUCAGUAACGUAGAGGAAUCAUCAUCUGGUACCCCGCGCAAGAAGCGAAACCGUAAGAGGGAUCGCUACUCGUGCCCCGAGGACGGAUGUGACCGGACGUUCCGCGACAAAUACGAGAUGACCAACCACUUGCGAACUCAUACGGGGGAAAAACCGUUCAAGUGUGAUUGGCCCGGAUGUGACAAGUAUUUCACCCAUGUUAGCUCUAAAACUCAGCACUACAAGUCAGUUCACAUGAAGUAUGUACCCCACAAGUGUUCCAAAUGUGGAAAGGGGUUCACCAAGCCCUCACAGAUGAAGAGACAUGAAGAAAAGUGUAGUUUGAAGAUAUACCAACCAGAAAUGUGGAAUGAAAGGAAAAGACAUUUAGAAAAGGACUGA